GAGAGACCGCACCCACAGUUCAGCUGGCCGCAGCUGUGUCCGCCUUUCUGGGGAGAGAGCAAAACGCCACAUGUCACAUGAUUUAAACCAGUUUGGUUUCAUCUACACGAGCUGCAUUCGGUGCUCAGUUUACAUACUUCGUUGGGUCUCUUUUCCAUAACGCCUGUGUUGACUGACACCUUAGUGACAGGAAUGUAUACUUGGCGGUCGCUCUCGGCACUGUUCCUGUUAAUCCAGGGCAUGAGCCACGCACAGAGGAUGACACAAGAGAUUGUUAUGAUGCAGUACUUAGAAGGGAGAAUUAGCCAACUUGAGGACCGUCUGAUCAAGUGUGACGAGCGCGUGCAGAGCUACGAGCAGAAGCUGUACGACUUCUCCAAGGAGCUGCGGGGCAAGCUGGACGGCCUGCGCGGCUUCCAGAACGAGGUGAAGGGGCAGGUGGAGGGCGUGCUGUCGCGGGUCGGGCGGGUGGAGCGGGAGCUGGAGGACCUGGAGACCGAGCGGCUGAACCAGCCCUGCGUGGACAUCGAGGACACACUGCUGGAGCAGCAGGUGAAGGAGGAGCAGAGGAAGCAGGAGGAGCAGCUCAACUUGGGGAGAGACUGCGACACGGUGCUGACGGGCGUGAAGUCCCUGAAGAUCGUCAAGAGGGAGGGCGACGCCCAGGGGUCCUGGAUGAAGGACCCCACCAACGGCUCGGCCAAGAUAUACUUCUUCAGCGGGGCGAGGAACAGCACCCUGCUGGAGUUCUCCUCCAUGAAGGCCUUCGUCGGGGGCAACGGCUCCCAGGCGGCGCGAAGAGUCCUCCUGCCCUUUCCCUGGCAGGGCACCGGCCACGCCGUCUACAAGGGCUUCCUGUACUACCACCGGGCCGGCACGCCCAACGAGGUCCUGAAGGUGAGUAUCCGGCACGGGACGGUGAGCGACCGCGCCCUGCUCCAGGGGGCGGGGCGGCUGCCCGCCUACUCGCUGUCCCCGCACACCUACCUGGACCUGGCCGUGGACGAGCUGGGCCUGUGGGCCGUCCACGCCGACCCGGACCUGGGCGGCAACCUGGUGCUGACCAAGCUGGACGAGGGGACCCUGGGGGCGGAGCACUCCUGGGACACGCCCUGCCGGAGCGUCGACGCCGAGGCGGCCUUCCUGGCGUGCGGGACGCUCCACGUGGUCUACAACUCGCGCUACGGCGGGCGCUCGGGCGUGCAGUGCCGCUACGACGUCCGCGACAGCGUCCACACCGGGGACAAGCCGCUCUACUUCCCCAAGAGCUACGCCGCCCACUCCAGCAUGCGCUACCAUCCCCGAGACGGGCUGCUCUACUCCUGGGACGAGGGCUACCAGACCGUCUACAGGCUGGAGACCAAGAGGAGGAACCAGGUCCCUUCGGUUUGACUCGUCUCCCCCCGCCAGCGCCAUCCCCAAAAUUUGGUCCAAGUGUUCAGUGUUUGUUGUCUUAGCGAUGUUCAGCUACUUCAUUGAGAGUUAGCUGUCCCCAGGCCGGGAGCCAUGGCCUUAGGUCUGUCUGAGCUCCAUGAGAAAAGCAAAAUGGUUCCUGCUGCGUUCAGAAAGCAGAAAAUGUCCGCUCCAAGACGAGUCUUCACAGCACGAAUGUCAAAAGCACAAUUAAAGGCGUGGAUGCAGUUCGGGUCGUUAAGUCUCCCGGGUUAGCUGGGAAUCUCCAGGAAUUACCCUUUAGAAUUACAACAUGGAUUUUCAGAGAUUUUGUUUGUAUGUAAACAUAACAAAAGGCAAGAGCCCCCCUCCACCCACCUCCCACUCGCUCAACCCACCUCCCACUCAUGACUUGCUGUAACAUGUAUUUUAAUAAUUGUCAAAUAAACUAAACAAAA